UUAAAUUGCAUCGUAGCCCUACCCACUAAGAAAGAAAAACCAGACAUGUGUGAAGUUGAGGUCUCAGCUCGAGUAGGCUUUGCACUCGAACCCAAGAAACUCGAAAGCUUUCUUCAACCAUCACUCCUCCAUUAUGCCAAACAACACGGCAUCAACCUCGUACAAAUCGACCUCAACACACCCUUGUCUCAACAGGGUCCUUUCCACUGCAUCAUCCACAAACUCCACACCCAAAACUGGAAACAACAAUUGCAUGAAUUCUCAUCUAAACACCCAAACACAAUCAUCAUCGAUCCCCCUGAGCUGGUAGAUUGUCUUCACAAUCGCGUUACCAUGCUCGAAUCAGUGACCCACUUAAAACUUUCAAUUGAAAACAUCACUGUCGAAAUUCCCAACCAAAUUGUCGUGAAAGAACCUAAAUCCUUCGAUUUCGACACAAUCGAAGAACUGGAUUCGACUUGGAAGUUCCCUUCCAUAGCAAAACCGUUGGAAGCUAACGGCACCGUCGAUUCUCACAAACUGUUUUUAGUUUUUGACCGUGACGGCGUCAACUCGUUGAAUAAUCCAAUGGUUCUGCAAGAGUUUAUGAACCAUGGUGGGGUCGUUUUCAAGAUUUACGUUGCUGGGCAGCACUGUAAUUGCGUAAAGCGUAAGUCUUUGGGGGAUUUAUCAAAGGAGAAGCUCAAAAAGGUUAAAGGGUCAUUGCCGUUUUCUCAAGUUUCCAACUUGAGUGUUCAAGAAGAUGAUGAAGGUGGUGUUGAUAAAGCUGAAAUGCCACCUCAGAGUUUGAUUAUUGAGUUGGCAAGAGCUUUGAGGGAAGGAUUGGGACUUAACCUUUUCAAUGUUGAUGUGAUUAGAGAUGGUAAAAAUCCGAGAAGGUACCUUGUGAUUGAUAUUAAUUACUUUCCUGGGUAUGCAAAAUUGCCAUCUUAUGAGUCAUUUUUCACCAAUUUUUUGUUGGAUAUUGUGCAACAAAGAAAUAUUGUUUAGGUGUGUUUUUAAAGCAAGACAGAGGAUGAUGUUGUGACUCAAAUUGACUAGCUGUCUUUGUUAUGUUUUUUUGAGAUACAUGAAUCGGUAUGACUUGAUAUUGCAACUUUUAUGUUUGUUUGAAGUAUUGAAAUUUGAAACUUUCACAAGUGGAUCAGUAUUAUGAUGAUUAGUGAUUGGGAGUGGACCAAGAAGAAUAGCCGAACUUGAGAUAAUCUGAUAGGAGAACACUUCAUCUCCUCGAGAGUGGUGGUGAUACCUAUAAAUUAUAAUCACUUAAAAUCUCAAAUUAAGUCGAUGUUUGAUUGAACAAGGAGUAUAAGUUUGGAAUCAAGAAUGUGUAUCUUUUCUAUGUACGAAAAAUAAUAUUUAUAAGUGUGGAUUUAUGAGCUUGUUUGAGAGUAGUGACAGAUCUAUAAAUUUUCUUUCAUGAGAGCUAAAA